GUCCCUAGAAGCUCCUGGCGUCGAAUCCGUUGAUAUGUUGACAGUAGUUGCUUAGCUAGCUAGCUGGUAAUCCAGCUAGCUAAUUAUCUCGGCGUCUCUUAAACAUCGCAUGUUAUAGAAAAAGCUAUCAUGCCGUUUUAAUUUACUAACCGAUCCCCACUGAAACAGGAGACAAUUUGUCAAACUGAUACAAUGACUGCAGCUGCUCUCCGGAUUGGAGACCAGCUGAUCCUAGAAGAGGACUAUGACGAGAACUAUAUCCCUUCGGAGCAAGAAAUCCUGGAGUAUGCCCGGGAGAUCGGGAUCGAUCCAGAGCGGGAGCCGGAGCUCAUGUGGCUGGCCCGCGAGGGCAUCGUGGCCCCGCUGCCGGCUGAGUGGAAGCCCUGUCAGGACGUGACGGGGGACGUCUACUACUUCAACUUCUCCUCGGGCCAGUCCACCUGGGACCACCCGUGCGACGAGCAGUACCGGCGCCUGGUGAUCCAGGAGCGCGAGCGGAACCAGUCCCACGGGCCCGCCGCCAAGAAGGAGAAGAAGAAGAAGAAGGAGAAGAAGGAAAAGAAGGAGAAGAAAGAGAAGGAGCCGCUCAAGGCCCCCGGGACUUUGGGCUCAGGCCUGGGGCCCCUGCCAGCCCCCCUCGGCUCUCUGGCCCCUUUGCGGGGUCUGUCGAACGCCCCCAUCCCCUCCCUCCGCAGCUCUCUCAGCAGCUCAGGGGGACUGGAGCCUCUGAAGACACCGCUGGGGGGUCCUCUCUCCAGUCUAGGCCCCAGUUUGCUCGGGGGGAGGCAGGAGGAGCGUGUGUCGCUCUCUCUGCCGGGGUUUGAAGAUGAGGAGGAGGAGAAAGCCUCUGAGAAUGAGUGUUCGCGGGGUACCGGUCGCCUUCUGCAGAACCUGCACCUGGACCUGGAUGCACUGGGAGGAGGACUUAAAUACGAGGACAGCGAGGCCAGUGGCACAGGUCCCCCAGAGGAGAAGACGGAGCCGGAGCUGCAGGACCUAGCACUGUCUCCCGACCACAGCCCAGAGCCACCCUCCCAGGAGUCCCUGCACGGGCGACACCUCCUCUCCUCUCCACUGGGGGGCAGCAGAGGCGACAGUAGCGCAGCCGCCUGUCCCCCCUCCCCUCGCCAGAAAGAGGGGGAUGAGGGGGAGGGAGAGGAGGGCAACAAAGAGAAAGAGAGAGGGGAGGGAACGCCGGCGUCGGGCGGGAUGGGCAGAGAAAAGGAAGAGGGGGAGAAGGGAGGCGGGCGCAGUGAGGGAGACAGGCGGGAGCCAGAUGCUGCUCAGCCAGGGGAGGACGAGGAGGGGGAGGGGGAGGGGAGGAGCGUCAGGGCUUUAGAGAAGGGCACGAGGGUCGAGGAGGAGAGUGACGAGGCCAAGGAGAGGCGCCUCGAAAUGACGGAGGAGCAGGAGGCUGAGGAGAGCAGGGACGGCGUAAAGGAGGGGGAGACGAGCGAGGAGGAGGAGGGAAAGGACGGAGGGGAGAGUGAGGAGGCGGUCGAGAGGUGCGUAAAGAGCGAGGAAGACGAUCGGAAAGGAAAUGGCGAAGAGAGUGAUGAAGUGGUGGAGAGAUGCACAAAGAGUGAGGAAGAAGAGGGAGAUGAGGAAGAACAGGACAAGGGCGUGGAGGUUGUGGCCCAGGGUGCGCAGGGAGACAAAGAGGAGGAGAGUGAGGAGGAGGUGGAGAGAUGUUUAUCAAGUGAUAAAGGGGGCGAGACGGCACCAGCGUCCAGGAGCAGGGAGGGAGGUCAGGGCGGAGAUGGGGGGAGUGAGGAGGAGGCGGUCGAGAGAUUCAGAACGAAAGAGGGGAGCGACGGAGCCUCAGAGGGGGGUGAGGAGGAGGAGGAGGAGGAAGAGGAAGAGAUCGAAAAAUUUAUGAGAAGGGAGGGGCGCGCAGCGAAGAAGGGCGCUCCAAAACCGGAUCCACAGCCUGCCGAGGACUCUGAGGCCAGUGAACACAUUGAGGCCGUCUCAUCGUCCAGCGAUGAUCUCAAGGUCGGGUUCCGGUCCAAGCUGUUGGAGAACGUUCUGAACUUGGAGGACCUCUCUCCCGCUGAGGAGGCAUCGCCACUGGACAAGGUUUCUGUGAAAGCAGAGAAAGAAGGGAAGGUGAUGGCCAAAGAGGAGGAGGAAAGGAGGAAGAGGGCAGAGGCAGCAGAGAGGCGUCUGCAGGGGGCAGGCAGGGAGGAGCCAGCCAUUCAGAAGGCUCCCCAGAGUCCGGGCAGCGAAUCCCAAGACAGCUCCCUCUCAGAGUCCCGCCCAGAGGAGGAGGCCUCCAGGGGGAGGUUGGUGAGGAGUGCCCAGGUCAGCUCCAAAGAGGAGGAUCUGGAGGAGGUGGGAUGCCGUCAGAGCCAGGGGGUGGAGCUGAGGCAGCUGGAGGAGGAGACGAAGAGAGAGAUGGAGGCGGAGAAGGAGAGGGCGCUGAAGGACAAGCAGGAGAGACUGCGGCGGCUCCGGGAGGAGCUCCAAAAAGAGGAGGAAGAGGAGGAGCGGAGGCUGAGGAAGGACAAUGAGGGGAGGGUCAGGGCCCUGAGAGAGCGUCUGCGGGGACAGAGCCAGGAGGAGGAGGCCAGGCUGAGCCAGGAGGCCAAGCUUCAGCUGCAGGAACUGCAGGAGUCUGCACUAAGAGAGAAAGAGGAUCAACAGCGCGUUCUCAGGGAGAAAGGUAAAGCCAGCCUGCAGAAGCUGCAGGAGGACCUGGAGGCAGAGCUGGUGGCUGAGAGGGAGAGGCUACAGAAGAAGAGGAGGAAGGAGGUGGAGCGCCUGCAGAAGGAGGCGGAGGAGGAGCUCCAGGCGGAGAGGGUGCGAUUGCAGAAGGAAAGGGAGGAGCAGCUGGGGUCUCUCAGAUCAGAGAGGAGGAGCAGUGAGACACAGGGGGAUGUCAGGAGCCCCCGGCAGGAGCAGCACCUGGCCGAGUACCAGCGGGAGCUGAGUGACAUGCUGCAGGAGGUGAGGGAGGAGGUGCAGCGGGAGCACAGCAGGAAGCUGGAGAAGCUGAGAGAGGAGCACCGCUGCGAGCUGGACUCCAUCCGAGAGAGGCACCUGGAGGAGGAGAGCCUGCAGAGAGAGCGUCUACUGAGCGUGCUCCAGGAGGAGAGGAGCCGUCUGCUGGCCUCCCACAGCUCCCAGCUGGAGGAGCUGCGCGCACAGUUAGACUCUGAACUUCAGCAGAGCCGCCAGAGACACGCAGAAAAGGAGGCAGAGCUACAGGAGCUUGGACAGCAGUUGGAGCUCAAGGCCAAGGAGCUGAAGGCCCAUAAUGCAGUGCUGCAGGCUCAGGCAGAAGAUUUGAAGAAGAGGAGGGAUCAGCUUGGGGGUGCAGAGGGCGAGAUGCAGAGAGGAAUGGAGGUAAGGCUGCUCGUCCUUCAUAAUCAAAUGGUGAGUGGCUGGUUGAGAACGAGGGCGGGGUCGGGGUGUUUCUGCGGUGACCCGCAGGUUCUGCCCCGGGUCAGAGAGGAGAGAGACGCGCUGCGGGAGGAGGUGCAGAGGGCAAGGGAGGAGCGCGACCGGGCGAGGGAGGAGAGCCGGAGGCUGAGGGAGAAGGAGGAGCGGCUGGAGAGCAGGGUGGAGCUGCUGCAGGAACGCUGCGCCCAGCUGCGCCGCCGCGUCAGCGAUCUGGAAACGAGCGGGAGCGGGAAGUCAGGGCCCAGGCGGGAGGCGGAUCAGGAGAGAGAAAGGGAGAGGACAGAGGAAGAGGCGGCGCCCCCUGCUGAGCAGGAGAAGGACCUGCAGGUGGAGGAUUUGGAGCCCCCUCCCUCUACCCCCCCGCUGCCUCAGUCACGGGACAGCGAGAGCAGCUUGGAUGAUGUGAGACAGUACCUGUCCUCUGAGGGGAUGUCCCUGCAGAAGGCCCGCCGCUUCCUGGAGAGGCAGAAUGGCAAUCUGAGCGAGAGACAGGCAGCACUGCGGGCAGCCCGCAGCAGCUGGGCUCAGGACCCCACCAGGGAGAUGGCCGCUCAGGACCUAUUCAGGAACCUCCAGCAGGAGGCCAGUCACCUGGAGCAGCUGAGGGCCACAGUGCAGCGGGGCCAGACUCUGCUGAGGAGGAAGGAGGAGAGACUCAGCCAGCUGGAGAGCUCUCUGGCAGAGGAGCUCUCUGAUGAUGAAAUUGCGAGGGAGGCUGCAGGGAGGAAGGUGACCUUCGACGUCAGCGAAUCGGACCUGAGCAGCAUUGACGCCCUCGAUGGCGCAGGCCCCCACCCCACUGUGCCCGCGAAGGUGCAGCAGCUGGCCGAGUCCCUGCAGCACAUCUCCGGCCAGCUCAACACCGUGCUGGGGGCGCUCAGCUCGCUGGCCCAAACGCAGGCCCCCGUCUUCCCCCCGACCCUCACACAGCCCUCGUACACCCCCCUCCCGCUGUCCCUGUCCCGCCCACCACCCCUGGUCCCCACCCCUUCCUCUGCAUGGGCCCCUCCCGCCAGCAGCACCCUCUCCCGGGGCCUCGACGACACCCUUGGCCCCCGCUGGGGAAAGCUCUUUCCUGGAACUGUAGACACCAGUGGAUUUCACUCCACAGGGAGCCACUUGGCGUACCCCGCCUACACUACAGGCAGCAGUGACCAGGUCCGCAGUCGGAGCUCCAAGCCGCGCGUUUCAGUGGAGGUGGAUGGCCAGCACCUGCAGGACCGGAUAAAUGAAACCAAGAGAUGGCUGGAGACUCGCAGGAAGGAGGCCAGCAUCAGACCUCUCUUCCCCCGCCAUAGGAACCCCCCCUCCUUGAGUGGACUGGUCCAGCUAAGUCUGGAUGAGAAUAACCAGAUAAAGGUGUACCAUUACUAAAAUGGGGAGGGCACUACAACCUGAACAUAAGCAUAUUCUGACUCGACACUAUAUAUGUGUGUUACCUGUGUAUGGGGAACUUCCUCAGGGCAGUAGAGGCCAGUGUACUUCUGUGUUUGAGGCUGGCUUUACUGACCCCAUUCACAGGAAGCAGGAGCCAACAGUGCCAGUCAUGGAUAGACGCUCAUGCAGCUGUAGCCCUGUGUGCAAGUUAUAUAUUUCCCACUGACGUAUUCAAACCGCACUGAUCUUCAUUUGAUUCGGAAUGCCUGGGGUGAAUGACCUCUCAGGCUCCUACACCAGGACUUUUGUAGCUUUGAUCAAAGAGUUAACAAACCAUCUACAAAAAUGAUGUUAUGUACUGACUUAUUCCUAAAUGGCUGGAAAGAACAAGAGCUUGAAGAAAAUUUAAAAAGCCGCUUAUUGUAAUGUUGUACCAAUAACUUAUAUAUUCAAUUUAAUGUUAUUGACAAAUACCCAUUGCUUAUGAGAGGAAAUUGCAUUGUGUUGUCUUACUCAAAAGAGCAGACCUUGUUCUUCCACACAACCUCAUAUUUCCUCUUUUGUUCUAAAUUCUCAAAACAGAAAUACCAAAAUCCCUGGUAACAUGUUACUCGUAUGUUUUGCUGCUAUUUUGAACCAGGUCUCUUGAAAAUAUGUCAGUGGGGCUACCUGGCUAACUGGUCAAUCAAAAAGAGGAAAAAAAUAUAGAAAAAAAACAAGUACCUGGUGGAUCAGGUGUUUUGAACUUAGUCAAUUUAUCGAAAAAGUAGAUCAAAAUAGUUCCAAUACUUCCACUGGCUUAGUGUCAAUACCGGGAGAGUUAUGGGGAGAAAAUGCAAC